AUGGAACCUCCCGAGUUUCCUCCAUCUACAAAUCGCGCCCCACCUCCUCCUCCAUCUGUCGCCGAAGCCAUUGCUCCUCCGCCACCUCUUCGUGCGACGACUUAUGGACGCACCAGCGCUGCUCCUGCUCCUGCUCGUGGGCACGACGGAGCGGCCAUCCUCCAGCGCCGUCCUCCUGCUGCUUAUGGAAGCACAGCUGCGGCGACGCCGGUGCCGAGCGAGAUGCCUGCAACGACGACGAAGAAGGCCGACGCUGCACAGCCACCGCACGGCCGCGCCCCUGUGCAAUCUCCUAUAGCGCAGAGUGUGCCGGCAAGUGUCAGAACAGCAGCGAGCCAUGGUGCCAUGGAGGGCGCCCAGCAGGUGGUCGAGGAAUCGCCUACAAGGAUGGUUGUGACUCCUUUUUGGAUUCCACAACUUGAUAUGGUAUCCAGUAGCUUUGAUGAAGCUUGGAACUUUUGGGUCACAUAUGGUGGUCGGAUGGGUUUUGAUGUUCGAAAGUGUUACACGAACACAAGUAACCUUGAUGGAUUAGUGACAUCAAGUAGGUUUGUUUGUUCCAAUCAGGGUUCUCGGGCUGAAAAUAAAAGGUUUUGUGUUGGCAAGCGUAAUCGAGCUAAUACAAGAACAGGCUGCAGAGUUCGCAUGGGAAUUACUUUGGAAAGAGAAAAUGGAACCUACAAGGUGCAUGAUCUAUUUGUUGAGCACAACCACAUUCUUCAAACUGCACAAACUAGUCAUCUGAUGCCGUCACAGAGAAACAUUUCUAAGCAUCAAGCUAUUGACAUUGAAGUGGCUGAUGAUUCGGGUAUUGCACCUAAAGCAGCCCAUGAGUUUCUUGGUCGGUAUGUUGGUGGAUCAGCUAACCUUGGAUAUACCCACCGUGAUCAUAAAAAUUAUAUGCGUACUAAACGCCAAAGAGAGAUGUUGUAUGGUGAGGCUGGAAGUUUGCUAAAAUAUUUUCAAGAUAAAGUGGUGGAGAAUCCCUCAUUUCAGUAUGCAAUACAAAUGGAUUGUGAAGAACAGAUAGCAAAUAUAUUUUGGGCUGAUGCAAAGAUGAUUGUGGACUAUGCUCACUUUGGUGAUGUCAUUACAUUCGACACUACCUUUGGAACCAACAAAGAAUAUAUACCAUUUGACAUGUUUGUAGGUUUCAACCAGUUUAGAGAGACAGUAGUUUUUGGUGCAGCUUUGAUGUAUGAUGAGACAUUUGAGUCUUUCAAGUGGAUGUUCAAUGCUUUUUUGUCAACACAUAAUCAAAAGCAACCUCAAACAAUUUUCACUGACCAAGAUAUUGCUAUGGGAAAGGCAGUGGCUGAGGUCUUCAUUAAACACUUGAAUUCUCAAGAUGAAGAGUCUGAGGACGAGGAAGAAUCAAGCAUCCUGUUAGAUUUCAGCUCCUGCAUGUAUCAGUAUGAACAAAAGGAAGAUUUUGAAGAAACAUUUAAUGCUAUGAGACUAAAAAGUUCAAAUGUUGUUCAAGAUGUUAGCAAUCCUCACUUCUUGGAAGAGAUAGAUGGAUGGCAGUUUUAG